CAGCAUUAAUUCAAUGGAGAGUUUCCAAGAUCUUGCUUAUAAUGGCGGGACAACCCAGCAGCUGCCACCGCAGUUCAUCCGUCCAAGCCACGAACGCCCUGAAAACACCAAAGCCAUCGAAGGCGUCACCGUGCCCGUCGUGUCUUUAUCUCAGCCGCACGAACUUCUCGUCGAUCAGGUUUCCAAAGCGUGCAUGGAAUGGGGGUUUGUAAUGGUUACGAACCACGGGAUCUCUGCGACCUUGAUCCAACGGCUGAAGGAGGUGGGAGAAGGAUUCUUCGCUCUCCCGCUCAAGGCAAAACAAGCUUACGCCAAUGAUGCUGCGAACGGCAAAUUUGAAGGGUAUGGGACGAAGAUGAUUAAGAACCCAGAUGAGAAGACGGAGUGGCUUGACUACUUCUUCCACCUGGCUGCACCGCCGGCCAAGGUCAACCCUCAAAUCUGGCCCAAACAUCCUCCUUCCUACAGAGAAGUGACAGAAGAAUACAACAAAGAGAUUCUGAAGCUGACAGACAAGAUACUAGAAUUGCUGUCGGAAGGAUUGGGGCUGGAACCGAACACGUUGAAAUCGAGCUUAGGAGGAGAAGAUAUCGAAGCCGAGAUGAAAAUCAACCACUACCCACCUUGUCCACAACCAGAGCUGGCUCUUGGAGUCGAACCUCACACAGAUAUGUGCGCCCUCACCCUUUUGGUCCCCAAUGGCGUCGCUGGGCUUCAGGUUUGGAAAGAUGGGAACUGGGUUGCUGUUGAUUGCCUCCCUGGAGCCAUUUUGGUUCAUGUUGGGGAUCAAAUUGAGGUUCUGAGCAAUGGCAAGUACACAGGAGUGCUUCACAGGACUUUGGUGAACAAGGAGCGCACUCGAAUGUCGUGGGCUGUGUUCAUUGCACCUCCACAUGACAAAGUGAUUGGGCCUCUUCCUCAGCUCGUGGAUGGUGAUCAGAACCCACCAAAAUAUUCUACCAAGACUUUUGCCGACUAUCGAUACCGCAAGAUUAAUAAACUUCCACAGUAAAAGUUGUGAUGGUUUUACCUUCUUCUUUUUUGUCUUCGGUCUUGCUGUCAACUUCUGGAAUGGAGAGUUUUUUUUGUCUUUUGAAAGCGCCUUCUUGUAUCAGAGUGGUCUCCCAUAGUUAUUUCAUCAAUAAUUCCAUUAUAAUAAUAGUCAUUCUGAAUGAUUGUGUGGAACAUAAUCAAAUCAACAAUAUUUUUCUAGUCGACAACUUACUAUGUCUACUUAAUUACUGUUUGACUAUACCAAGUAUCUAGUAUGCAAGAAAAAGGAAGUGACAACACUCUCUAGUAAUUGAAUAGAUGGCCAAUCAUCCAGUUACUAUUUUAGUAAGUGUAAUUGAGGCAAUGGUCAUGCAUUUAAGCGCUCAGCCCUAGAAUCCUUUAAUGGGUUUUAACCCCAUACAAGUGAAAUCAAUAAGUUUAUGGUCA